AUGGCUGAAGAUCUGGAGAAACCAAUAUUAGGUCCUGAAAAUUUCAACCGAGAGGGGAUUGAUCUGGAGCGCUUGCCACUAGAACAAGUUUUUGAACAACUAAAAACGUCAAAAGCAGGACUAUCAUUGGAAGAUGUGGAGAUACGCUUAAAAACAUUUGGCUCAAACAAGGUUGAAGAGAAUCCAGAAAACAAAUUCUUAAAAUUUCUUAGUUUCAUGUGGAAUCCUUUGUCAUGGAUGAUGGAAGCUGCAGCAGGGAUGGCAAUAGCUCUUGCUAAUGGUGGAGGUGCUAAAACAAAGAGGAUGACAGCUAUUGAAGAAAUGGCUGGAAUGGAUGUCCGAUGUAGUGAUAAAACUGGAACGCUUACAUUAAAUCGCCUCACUGUUGAUCGAAGCCUUAUAAAGGUACUUCACAAAUACAUGGACAUAGACAUGAUUGUGCUGCUUGCAGCAAGAGCAUCAAGGCUGGAGAAUCAGGAUGCUAUUGAUACAGCAAUUAUUAACAUGCUCAAUGACCCAAAGGAGGCACGUGUAAAUAUUAAGGAAAUUCAUUUCUUUCCAUUCAAUCCUGUGGACAAACGUACUGCAAUCACGUACAUUGAUUCAGAUGGAAAAUGGUACCGGGCCAGCAAAGUAGCUCCCGAACAGAUCCUAAAUUUGUGCCAAGAGAAAGAGGAGAUAGCUGAAAAUGUGCACACAAUUAUUGACAAGUUUGCUGAGAGGGGUUUACGUUCUCUUGCUGUGGCCUUACAGGAAGUUCUAGAAAUGUCUAAGGAGAGUCCUGGAGAGCCUUGGACAUUUUGUGGUUACUGCCUCUCUUUGAUCCGCCAAGACAUGACAGUUCUGAGACCAUCCGUAGAGCACUUGACCUGGGAGGGAAAUGGGAAAUACCAGAAGGUGCUUGAUGAGGAAAAUUUCAAUGAGAACAAGAGCAAGAUAAAGAAAGAGGCUUCUUUUGAAGGGGAGACAAGAAGGGUGCAGAAAGUUUCAAGUAAAGUUCAGAACUUCAGUUGA